AUGCAGGGAAUCGCUAUCCUUGGGUGGCUGACCUUGCUGGUAGCCCAGGCAUCUGUGCUCCCAGUGGCGGUCAGCCAGCAGAUCCCAUUACAAAAGCCAGCGCCUCUGAAAGCUGCCGAGGAGCGCUUCACCCUUCGCAGACAGUCUGGCAAUGUCUGCGACGCAGGAUCUAGGCACUGGACUGGCACAGUUAACGUCACUGAUGAAAAGUCCAUGUUCUUUUGGUAUUUUGAGAGCCGUAACAAUCCAGAAACGGCGCCGGUCAUGAUAUGGAUGAGCGGAGGCCCUGGUGCUUCAGGUGAACUCGGCCUAACCAAGGGGAGCGGACCAUGUGCGGUCAACAAGGACGGCAACUCAACCAGACGCCUGGACCACUCAUGGGUUGACCACGCCAAUGUGAUUUAUAUUGACCAGCCUGUUGGGGUGGGCUUCUCCCAAAUCUCAGACCGCGAUUUGAUAUCUGUCAAUUUACAUGACGGCGGCCAAGAUUUGUAUACAUUCUUGUCCAUAUUCACAAACCAUAUGUUCCCUGAGACUGCUGACCGCCCAUGGCAUAUCACCGGUGAAUCCAUGGGUGGCCAUUAUGUCACUGGUUACACAACAUAUAUCAUCCAGCAGGAACGUGAGCGAGCUGCCCAGGGCCUCGAUCUCGGCCUCGAUAUCCAGUCUGCCAUCAUCGUCGAUGGGUACAUCGAUAACAGCCGCCAGUCAGUUGGUUACUGGGACUUUUUCUGUACUGACUGGAGACGCGAUGACCGAGAAGCCCCACUAAUGAACUCGACAUUUUGUGAGCAAGUUGCAGGCGGUCUCAGUGCCUGCGAAGAAAAGGGUGCCCUAUGCCGCGAAACGUACGACACGGAUAUAUGUGUCUGGGCGUACGAAUUGUGCGAGGAGAAAGUAGGCAAGUAUGUUGCCGCGGAAAUCCGACCUGGUGGUUGGAACCCGUACGACAGUCGUCUCAAGUGCAAGCAACCUCCUCUCUGCUCUGACUUUGAUGAAGAUGAAGGAUUGGAGUUUUUUAAUCAGCCAUGGGUUCAAGAGGAACUGGGGUUUUCCAACUUCUCUUUCUCAUUGAUAGAUUUCGACGCCAACAUGCGGUGGCAAGAGGCUAGAUCACUAUUCUUACCUACGACACGGGAGCUAACAUUUCUUCUCGACGACACCCACGUCCGACUCCUCUUUAUUAAUGGAAACAAUGAUAUCAUCGUAAGCACUCCAGGACAAAUGCGUAUGCUGGACGAGCAGCCCUGGAGCCGUCAGCCCCAAUUUCGAAAUAUGGAGUAUCGGGAUUGGUAUUAUACGGAUGGGGAGCUUUCCGAUGACGGGGGUAACCACAGUCAUCUAGGCGGUACUUGGAAAGGGAACAAUAAGCUCAGUCAUUUCACAGUCGACGAGGCUGGUCAUUUUUCUCCCAUGAACCAACCAGAAGCCAUCGGUGCUGUUGUAAGGGCGUGGAUAAGGGUCUAG